AAUAAUACUGGGUGGGCAUUUCAGCAGGGAUCUGCAGUCUCUCCCCUGCCCUAUUCUUGGCUUUCCCCACUCCUGUUUUUCUCUCCUUCGCCAUCAUACGUAUACCUUUUCUGCAAUGCUUCAAAACAGGCAGCUUUGAAAUUCCAAUCACCUUCUCAUUUUUUAACUUUAAAAAAACUACUUUUUCCGAUAAAUUCAACCUGUGGAUUAUAUUGGUAAAAAUAAGGGGCACUACCUUCAUUGAUACGGUCACAAUUUCCUUAGUCAGUGGAUUCCAAUUCGAUUUGAAAGACAUUGCUAACCUCUUGAAAAAAAGCUUUCCAAACGACAUACUUGAAAUUAAGUUUUCAUAUCAACAUGCCUGAAGCAGCCCCUGAAGGUGCAGCGGUGGAGUCCAUCUCAGCUGCUGUAGCCGAUGGGCUGAAUGGGAAUGUGGUGCCCCCAUCAUCCCCUCCUAAGGCCCAAGGGUUUGGAAUACUCAAGAAACUAACCUUUUCUGUAGAGUUAGUGGUUACUAUCAGCCUCCUUCUCUCCUGGAUUACUGCAGGCUUCAUGAUGUUUGACGUUGUAGAAUAUAAAGGGGUUACUGAUAUUCAAGACGUAGUUUUGGAUCCCAUGAAAGCUGUUAAUGAUGCUGUAGAGGGAAUGUCCAACAUGUUCUAUGAGGCUCAAGAAUGUGCAUUUGCUCCUCAUUUGAGUUUGGACCACAUGAAUGCUGUCAAAGAUGUAAAAGAUUUAUUUGUGGACUUCCUCUCUGAUGAUGACGGAAACUUUUACCUGAGCUAUGUUGACCCGGUGAUUAUUGGCAGAGGUGUGUUCAAUGUCACCAAUAACUCUAUAUGUGGAGUCGUGGGUUACAUACAAGGCACACUCUGUGUUCUAUUGGAUGCCAUACUGGAUAUCCUGCAGGCCCUUCUCCAUGCAGUGAGCAUCAAUGCAGUAGACAUAGUGCAUGUUAUCACUGACUGUACAAGUUCUACUGGAACCUACAUAUGGGACCUGCUGCCAGGUAUCCCUCAAGAAGUAAACGUCGAUCCCAUACUGGUUCUCAGAAGAAUGUUUGGGAUUGUCAUUGAGCAGAAGAACAUGCUUGUGGACUAUGUCUCCAACUUGCUAAUAGGCGAUCAAGGGGUCCUUCCUGAGAUGGACUUUGACCCUAUGAAAGUGGUCACAGAUGCAGUGCUUGAGAUUGCAGAUGGGAAAAACAUGUUCAUGGAUUAUCUGUCCAACAUGCUUAUGGAUGAUAAAGAUGAACCUAGUACUAUACCAGCAUCUGUGAUGCAUGUGAUAAGGAAGAAAGGACAGUUUUUGCCACCCCUGGAAAAAGUUGCAGAAUUGAUAGGCACUACAAAGGACGGUGACCCUACACCUGAAAUAAGCAUCACUCCAGUUGUGGCGGAGAAGGAUGAUGAUGUCAAAGAGGCUGAAGAAGAGCAAGGAGACAAUGACAGUACAGAUGACAGUUCAGAGGGGGUGAAGAAAUACACCACCCCAAAAAAUGUGUGGAUCCAAAAACAGAUGCUUAGAGUCAUGGGAUCUAAGGCCCACCUAAGAGCUGGAGAGGUACUUCCUAAGGAUAUGGAUGAAGACCAACAAGAUUGUGAUGUUGAAGAGCUUGACCAUGAACAAACAAUGGAUGAUGAAGAAAUCAUGGAUGUUAGCAAGGAUGGGGGGAAAGAAGAGGAGGUGAAAGAGGAGAAGGAUCAUCACUUAGAGUUAGAUGAGGAGGAGGAGGGUGAUACCCAUGAGGUUGACGUCAAAGAUCAAGGUGUUGAAGAUGAAGGCAUUUACAAUGAAAACAGUUCAGAGGGGGCCAUGACAUACACCACCAAAAUAAAUGUGCAGAUCCAAAAAACGAUGCUUAGAAAAGUGGAAUCUAGAGCCAAUAUUGAAGUUGGUGAUGAACAUCAUGAAUAUGACGGAGAGGAGGAGGCAGAGGAAGACAUUGAUGAUGAGUAUAAACAUGAUGAUCACAGUGACAUUGACACUAAAGAUCAAGUCGUUGUUGAUGAUGAUCAUGAAGAAGAUGAAGCUGAUGAGGACAAUCAUGAUACAGAUUACCUUGAUGUCAAAGAUCAAGAGGUUGAACAUGGAGAAGACAUUGACGAUGAGGACAGUUCAGAGAGGACCAAGACAUACGCUACCAAAAUAAAUGUUUGGAUCCAAAAACAGAUGGUCAGAAAAGUGGGAUCUCGGGCCAAUAUUGAAGUUGGUGAUGAACAUUAUGAAGACGAUGGAGAGGAGGAAGAGGAGGAGGCAGAGGAAGACAUUGAUGAGAAUAAACAUGAUGAUCACAGUGACCUUGACAUUAAAGAUCAAGUCGUUGGGGAUGAUGAUCAUGAAGAAGAUGAAGCUGAUGAGGACAAUCAUUACACAGAUUACCUUGAUGUCAAAGAUCAAGAGGUUGAAGAUGGAGAAGACAUUGACGAUGAGGACAGUUCAGAGGGGACCAAGACAUUCGCCACCAAAAGAAAUGUGCUGAUCCAAAAACAGAUGGUCAGAAAAGUGGGAUCUAGGGCCAAUAUUGAAGUUGGUGAUGAACAUCAUGAAGAUGAUGGAGAGGAGGAGGAAGAGGAGGAGGCAGAGGAAGACAUUGAUGAUGAGAAUAAAAAUGAUGAUCACAGUGACCUUGACAUUAAAGAUCAAGUUGUUAGUGAAGGUGAUCAAGAAGAAUAUGAAGCUGAUAAGGACAAUCAUGAUACAGAUGACCUUGAUGUCAAAGAUCAAGAGGUUGGAAAUGGAGAAGAUAUUGACGAUGAGGACAGUUCAGCGGGGGCCAAGACAUACACCACCAAAAUAAAUGUGCGGAUCCAAAAACAGACAGUUAGAAAAGUGGGAUCUAGGGCCCAUCUAAGAGCUGGAGAGGUACUUCCUGAGGAUAUGGAUAAAGACCAACAAGUUCUCAGACAAUCCAAGGAGAGGCAAGCAAGAGAAGAAGUAGUAGAAGAGGUAGAAGUGGUCCUUAAAGCGAUGAGGGAUGCACAAACCAUGAAAGAGGUAGAAAAUAAGAAAUUGGAGGACAAGACGGAAAAGAAAGAGGAGCAGGCCGUGGAGAAAGCAAAGCCUGAGGCAAUGCCCAGUGUGAAGAAAGCAGAGAAGACAGGACCCAAAGAAGAAGAGCCCAAAAAGAAGACUGCCAGAGAGGAGAAAGAGAUGAAAAAGGAGACUAAACCUUUGAAGAAGAAAGUCAUCCAUGACUUUUUCAACAAGAACGUUGUGGUGGAACUCAAAAAGAAGGUGGACAAAAAGGUGAAGGAGACAAAGAAGGAUGUUGAGUCAACUCUUUGGAAAUCUGACGAUGAAUCCAAGAACCCUGUCAAGGUGGUGAAGACAGAAGAGUCCACCAUGAAAAAAGAACAUAUUGAUGUUAAUAAAGAAGGCAAAAAGAAACCUGUCAAAGAGGUGAAGGAAGAAAAGACAGCUAAACUACCAGACAAAAAAGUAAAGGUAAAAAAAACAGAACUUGAGGUUCUAAAGGAGGAUGCUAAGCUGGUGGCUGUUAAGAAAGAGCCCAAUGAAGCUAAAGAGCAAGCCAAACCAGAACCUACAAAAAAAGAAGCUGAAGUUCCCAAAGAAAAAACCAAAGCAGCUACAUCAAAGAAAGAUACUGGAGCAAAAGAACAGGCCAAACUACCUCCAGCAAAGAAAGAUGCUGCAGUUAUUAAAGAAAAGGUGAAAUCAGCCCCUGGAAAAAAAGAGCCCAAGGAAACUAAGGAACAAGCCAAACCAGAACCUGCAAAAAAAGAUGCUGAAGCAAAAGAAAAGGGCAAACUAGCUCCAGAAAAGAAAGGGAGAGUCAAACCAACUCCUGCAAAUGAAGAUGUCGCAGUUAUUAAAGAAAAGGUGAAAUCAGCCCCUGCAAAGAACGAGCCCAUGGAAACUAAGGAACAAGCCAAACCAGAACCUGCAAAAAAAGAAGCUGAAGUUCAUAAAGAAAAAAACAAAGCAGCUACAUCAAAGAAAGAUGCUGAAACAAAAGAAAGGGGCAAACUAGCUCCAGAAAAGAAAGGAAAAGCCAAACCAACUCCUGCAAAUGAAGAUGUCGCAGUUAUUAAAGAAAAGGUGAAAUCAGCCCCUGCAAAGAACGAGCCCAUGGAAACUAAGGAACAAGCCAAACCAGAACCUGCAAAAAAAGAUGCUGAAACAAAAGAAAGGGGCAAACUAGCUCCAGAAAAGAAAGGAAAAGCCAAACCAACUCCUGCAAAUGAAGAUGUCGCAGUUAUUAAAGAAAAGGUGAAAUCAGCCCCUGCAAAGAACGAGCCCAUGGAAACUAAGGAACAAGCCAAACCAGAACCUGCAAAAAAAGAAGCUGAAGUUCAUAAAGAAAAAAACAAAGCAGCUACAUCAAAGAAAGAUGCUGAAACAAAAGAAAGGGGCAAACUAGCUCCAGAAAAGAAAGGAAAAGCCAAACCAACUCCUGCAAAUGAAGAUGUCGCAGUUAUUAAAGAAAAGGUGAAAUCAGCCCCUGCAAAGAACGAGCCCAUGGAAACUAAGGAACAAGCCAAACCAGAACCUGCAAAAAAAGAAGCUGAAGUUCAUAAAGAAAAAAACAAAGCAGCUACAUCAAAGAAAGAUGCUGAAACAAAAGAAAGGGGCAAACUAGCUCCAGAAAAGAAAGGAAAAGCCAAACCAACUCCUGCAAAUGAAGAUGUCGCAGUUAUUAAAGAAAAGGUGAAAUCAGCCCCUGCAAAGAACGAGCCCAUGGAAACUAAGGAACAAGCCAAACCAGAACCUGCAAAAAAAGAAGCUGAAGUUCAUAAAGAAAAAAACAAAGCAGCUACAUCAAAGAAAGAUGCUGAAACAAAAGAAAGGGGCAAACUAGCUCCAGAAAAGAAAGGAAAAGCCAAACCAACUCCUGCAAAUGAAGAUGUCGCAGUUAUUAAAGAAAAGGUGAAAUCAGCCCCUGCAAAGAACGCAAAAGAAAAGGCCAAACUAGCUCCAGAAAAGAAAGAAGCUGAAGUUUCCAAAGAAAAAGCCAAAGCAACUCCUACAAAUGAAGGUGCUGCAGUUAUUAAAGAAAAGGUCAAAUCAGCCCCUGCAAAAAAAGAUGCUGCAGUUAUUAAAGAAAAGGGGAAAUCAGCCCCUUCAGAGAAAGAAGCUGAAUUUACCAAUAAGAAGACCAAACCAGCUAUUGCAAAGAAAGAAAGAAAUGGCCCAAUUCUUGAGAUGAAUUGUGUGUCUUCUCCAAUGAUUGUUUUAGAAGCUGAAAUUCACAAAGAAAAGGCCAAAGCAGCUUCAUCAAAGAAAGAGUCCAAGGAAACUAAGGAACAAGUCAAACCAGAACCUGCAAAAAAAGUUCCGAAAGAAGAGAAUAUCAAGUCAACACCAGUAAAGAAAGAACUUGUUGCACCACUGGGGAAAGCACGACCAAACAUUGGAAUCAAAGAACCUGAAGUCAAUCGCAGAAAUCACAGUCACAUAAAUGCUUCUCUUACAAAGGAGAGAGUUAAAGUUGUACUUGUGAAGAAUGAACCUGCUCUGAAAGAGAAGGCCAUGCCAGCCCCUGCAAAGAAGGAACGUGAGGCUCCCAACCCGAAGGCCAAACCAGUAUCUCAUAAGAAAGAACCUGAGGGUGUGAAAGAGAUGGACAAACCAGACCUUCUUAAGAAAGAACCUGAAGCUACAAAAAAGAAGGCUAAACCAGCAACUGUAACGAAAGUGGUUUCCAAAGAGACGGCCAAACAUGUCCCUGUAAAGACAGCAGAUACUCCCAAAGAAAAGGACAAACCAGUAGCUGUUAAGAAAGUUCCGAAAGAAGAGAAUAUCAAGUCAACACCAGUAAAGAAAGAAGUUGUUGCACCACUGGGGAAAGCACGACCAAACAUUGGAAUCAAAGAACCUGAAGUCAAUCGCAGAAAUCACAGUCACAUAAAUGCUUCUCUUACAAAGGAGAGAGUUAAAGUUGUACUUGUGAAGAAUGAACCUGCUCUGAAAGAGAAGGCCAUGCCAGCCCCUGCAAAGAAAGAACGUGAGGCUCCCAACCCGAAGGCCAAACCAGUAUCUCAUAAGAAAGAACCUGAGGGUGUGAAAGAGAUGGACAAACCAGACCCUCUUAAGAAAGAACCUGAAGCUACAAAAAAGAAGGCUAACCCAGCAACUGUAACGAAAGAUACUCCCAAAGAAAAGGACAAACCAGUAGCUGUUAAGAAAGAACCUGCUCUGAAAGAGAAGGCCAUGCCAGCCCCUGCAAAGAAAGAACGUGAGGCUCCCAACCAAAAGGCCAAACCAGUAUCUCAUAAGAAAGAACCUGAGGGUGUGAAAGAGAUGGACAAACCAGACCCUCUUAAGAAAGAACCUGAAGCUACAAAAAAGAAGGCUAACCCAGCAACUGUAACGAAAGAUACUCCCAAAGAAAAGGACAAACCAGUAGCUGUUAAGAAAGAACCUGCUCUGAAAGAGAAGGCCAUGCCAGCCCCUGCAAAGAAAGAACGUGAGGCUCCCAACCAAAAGGCCAAACCAGUAUCUCAUAAGAAAGAACCUGAGGGUGUGAAAGAGAUGGACAAACCAGACCCUCUUAAGAAAGAACCUGAAGCUACAAAAAAGAAGGCUAACCCAGCAACUGUAACGAAAGUGGUCUCCAAAGAGACGGCCAAACAUGUCCCUGUAAAGACAGCAGAUACUCCCAAAGAAAAGGACAAACCAGUAGCUGUUAAGAAAGAGCCUGAUGCUCCAAAGGAGAAGGUCAGACCUGUGAAAAAUGCAGAACCUGAAUCUAAGGAAACUAAGGAAACCCCUGCCAGGAAAGAAAAAUCUGUUGAGAAGAAGCCUGCCAAAGAAGAGAAAGCAAAGGCAGAGCCUGUUAUAACAGACCCCUUCGCCACAGAAGAUGAGAUGCCCUACUUCCAGUGCUUUUUUGUGGAUGAAGAUGAGGCCCAGUAUCCCUUCUACCCUUUCUCACCUCUCCAGAUGUGAGAGCCCUGCCCAGUGAAGAGCACAGAGUCUAGAAAGAAAUGGGAUGAGAUGGGCGACACCUUUAGUGUGGAGUUAAUAAUAAAACAUUAAUAAAACCAAGCCAUGGAAUCCACUACUGCCAUGUUGCAGCCUAGCGUCCCGAGCUGGUCUUCAACAGAAACCUAGGACAGCAAAGCACUUUGAGUGAAUUCAUUGAGCUCUCAUGGAUAGCCAACAUCAUUCCUUUCCAAAUGUGUUCGUGUUAUAUUUUGUUUUUGAUAGCUGAUAUGGCAUGAGUUGAUCUAUAUCAGGAUAUCAGUAUUUUGAAUGAAUCAAUGCAUACUGUGUUUACAUCAGUUGCUGCAGGUGAGCCUUUUUUAGGGCCAUGUUAAUUUGCUUGAUUCAAUUCCCGCUUUGAUAGUUGUCAGUUUUCUCAAUUGAAUGGCACAUUUAAACAAACUGCAACACAGAUUGUACCGUUGGCUUUCAUACUUUUCAAAUUCUCAGCGCAGCUCAAGCAAUUAAUCUGUCUGUCGUCACAGUCAGUUGAAUGGGAGCUGCAUAUGGGAGCUGAGCAGUGUUGGUCUAGAAUUUGAGGGAAGAGCUCGGUUGGGCUGGACUACAAACUGCUGCUCUGUUGCUGUGGACUCUGAAUUACGCUUUAUUUACAUGAACAUGGGCUCUAUAUCAUUGCUAAGACAUCAGUGAGUCGUUCCAUCUCAAGAAGCACAAGAAAGAGGAUUUCGACACCCACCAUCUCAGAUUGUACUGAAAUUGUUUCUGUUAGGGAACAGAUAAGAUUAGCGUUCCUGCAACAAUAUUUUGCUGAAAUAUAAUUUGAUCUCUGGGAAAUUAAGCUAAUUGAUUCCACCCAAAUUGGCCAUUUUAUUCAAUUAAUAUAGACCCUAACCUCCAGGUUUGAUUUUUUUUAAAGAAUUCCUCCACCACUUCAUGUUAAAGGGACAGUUCACCUAAAUUAUGAAAUUACUUUUGCUUUCCUUACCUGUAAGCAGUCUUUGAAAAAAUUUAUUCAACAGUCCAUGAGUUGGUUUUGUUGUCCACUGAUUCAAAUGCAAACUUUUUAGCAUUUGUGACACAACUCCGAUGCAAGUCAAUGGUACCUGUAUUAGCAUUUUCAUGCUUCAUGUCCAAAUCAUUCUGAAGUAUCUAAAGCUGUAAUGUUACUAACAGAUGAUUUAGAUAUGAAGCUUGGAAAUGCUAAUAUAGGUACCAUUGACUUGCGUUGGAUUUGUGCCACAAAUGCUAAAAAGUUAGAAUUUCAAACACCGGCCAGAUAAACAAAACCGAAACAUGGGUUGCUGUCAUACCUUGUCCCUAAACUCUUUACAGGGUAAGGAAACCAAUAUGUAAUUUGGGUGAACAAUCCCUUUAACAAUGAGGGGGGAUUCUGAAAAAAAUAACUACAAGUAGGAACAGCACCAUCUAGUGGUCAGAACAUUGUAAUAUGAAGAUGUAGGAUGGGACAUUAACUAACUUAAAUUAUUAAUUUCUCUGAACAGGAAGAAAAAAACCACCAAAUUCACUGAGAAUACAUUACAUAGGAUGAAGAAACAAUACUCUGAGUCACAGCUCCAUACUAUUCGUCAGACAUAGAGAACUAAUACUGUAUACUCUUUAUUAGUGUGUGUGUGGUGUCUGUGGGUGGCUUUUGAUUCUUUCGAUUCCUCAUGUCUUACUCGUUGAUAGAAAAAAGUUUGGUCCAAAUCGGAUCUUAGGUAGUAUAAUUAUUGAAUAUUAUAUGAAUCAUAUAAUUUUCUUCUAUUCUUCUUCAUCAGUCUGCGUUUGUUAACUUUGAGGAAGCAUAAAGCUUUUCAUCAAAUUUGUAGGGACAUACUCACAUUAAAAGAAAUUCUGCUGGUGCCUCGAAGUCUGUGAAGUUGUUUCUGUAUUGUAUGUACUAUAUGUCUGGAAAGGAAUAACCAUAUCCUAUAUGUCCAUGAGAGCUCCCAGGUCCCAGAUUCUGAUCAACUAGAUAAAACACCCUCUGGCUGCACCACAGGUGACAAGUGGCAGAUUCAGUCAUGGUGUUCUGAAGUCUUAUCAACCAUCUAUACUUCUACAAAAUGCUCCUCGUUUUGAUAAGGGUGCUGAUUCUAAGCAUUCCAUUGUCUGAUCUUUCAGAAUGAGGUUGAAGAAUAAUUUUUAAUGGGUAACACGUCAGUUGGAAUGCACUUGUUGCAAUCAGGUGUCUUUGAAAUAUUUCAUUUUGUGUGAUAAUCCAUUUUGAACUCAUUUAAAGUUGGUGUUGUCCAUUUGUAUCAACAUAAGUUAGACAUAAUUUCUUGCACUGGAUUACACCAUCAAGGACCUUAAACUAACUGGAACAUGAGAGGAGAAUACAUAUAUUAAUGAUCAAAAUCAAUGUUUGUAUCUCGUAUCUAUUUAUUGAUAGACCAAAAGGAACAGCUGCAUAGCUCAUGAGUGUCACAGAGUAGUGUCCUUUUGGUAGGGUUUACACAACUGGCAAACUGGUUGAAAUAAGGUGUGGGAAAAAUAAACAAGUCCAGUUUACCAUUAUGUUAUGCGUAUAGUGACUUAUGAAUCACAUAUAAUCAAGUAAUAUAGUAAUAUAAACAAUAUAUUAUGAUAUUUAUAUAAUUAUAAUAUUAUCAACAAUAGUGGUAAUAAUAAUGCAUGUAUGACACUUGUAUUUAUUUUUGUGCUAUGUUAUGAACAGAUGUAUAACAUUUCAGAUUGAUUACUUUAUCAUCUCUGAAAGACAAGUUGGGAUAGCAGUCAACACAUAAACCUACUUCUACUUAAGUUAAAUUGCGUCUUGGCUAAUUUUAUGUUUUUAAUUAAAGUGACAACUUGAAUUUUGACAGUGAAGUACAUGUGUAGCCAAAUAUUGAUACUGUUCCAUCUUUUAGUUUUGGUACCUCUGCACAAAACAUGUAUUUGUUGCAGAAGAAUGUGAUACUUUGCUACAUGAAAUGCCUUUAAAUUCUCAUUUAGCCUGUACAAAAUGUUGAUAACACGUAUAUUUUUGUGGAGAGCAAAAGAUAAGACUGAUUGUGAAAUAGUGCAUUUAUGCUGAUUCCACUAAACAUGUUAAUGCUCCUAAUCUUUGUGUUAAAUGUUUUGACUGAACAGACUCCCAAAUGUAAUUUUUACUAGCAAAUACUACCUUAUUUGCUAUUCAAGGGCAUAUGAUUUUAUCUGUUCACUACCAAAGUAGUUAAUUAAUACAAUAUUUGCCACAAUACAUUUUGUAGCUAGCAUAGACUGCAAUGGUAGUGUUACUGGAGAAUACAAUUAGUAGAAUACAUAAUGGUGUCAUCUUGACAGUUAGGUUCUGUACUAUUAUUAGUAGUAACCAUUGUAAGCUUAUAACAUGUGCGGCCAUACAGAGACAGGAUGGUACUCUGAUGGCCCACCAACCUUUUUGAAGCAUUGUGCAUGAAGUAUUUUAAAUGUUCUCUGCUUUCAAGUGUUCAUUGUCUGGUGUUUAACAACAAUAUAUUGAUCUGCUGGAGCAUCAAUAUGACAGUGCCAGAUCUAUUUCAAUUGGAAUUAUGUGUAUGGCAUCAAUAAUUCAUUGUAAGUUGUAUUUGAGCUGACUGGUUCAGGAAUGUACAUUGUGUAAGGAAAUAAUAAGGCCACUGAUGCAAGGGAUAACGGGACAGAUUUGAUCAUAUCAAAUGCUGAAAAUGAUCUUAAACCUGAAUAGUUUGACGACAGAUUAACAAAUGUAUGUAUUGUCCUAUGCUUAACCUAACUAAUGCAACUUGUCAUACAUAUUGGAUUAGUAAACGUAACAGUUUAUGUGUGGUAUUCUUUCCUUUUCACCUUGUUCCUUGUGUGUUGAUGCCAGUAGUUAGCCUAGUGGUUAGAGCGUUGGGCCAGUAACCGGAAGGUCGUUCUGCCCCUGAGCAAAGGCGCCGAAGAUGUGGAUGUCGAUUUAGGCAGCCCCUCUCUGAUUCAGAGGGGUUGGGUUAAAUGCGAAAGACACAUUUCAGUUGAAUACAUUCAGUUGGACAACUGACUAGGUAUCCCUCUUUCCCUUUCCAGGUAGGCUAUUGAACCGUCCACAGUAUUUGACUUGUAAUACACACAUAUGAUCAGAUGAUGGCAUUAUAGAGUGGUCUAUUUUCUAACAUUUCAAAUAAACGUUUUUAUACUACACAUCUGUAUGCCUUUAAUAACAAAAUGAACCCAGAUCAUGAACUCUGGGAAAGACAAUUAGGUCAUUCAAUUAUUGAAUGUUGCUAUGUUCAGGGGUCAAGUGUGGUGGAAUAUUGAAAUGGUGUGAAAAAGAAUGAGAUGUUCAUCACUAUCAGUUAUAUUAAUAAUCUUGGAUGUAAUGUUGAUAGCAGUUCCCAUGCUUGUGAAAUGCCAGUGUCUUGAUUUUGUAAUAUGUCAGGUUUUACAACUCAUAAUAAAUUGUGUUGAUAUUG